GCCAAAUUUUUGCGAUACCUCACAUAUCUUAUCAGUUAUUACAAUCAAUCAGUUACAAAAAUUCGGUGAAAACAUCUAGUUUGAGAUUUAUUAUGAUGUCUUUGUUUGGUGUUAACAUGGCAGUGCCGAUCAAAGAGAAUAUAAGAGAGAGUCGGAUUUACAUUCUUUCGAGUGUCGAAAAUGUGGAAAAUCACACUCUUGACAAAAAGUAUCUCUUCUUUAAAACGCUACAAUUGAUUUUUUCGUUAUGUUCGCUGAUGUUGUUUGCAUACGGAAUCAGAGCAACAGAAAAUGAAAUCGAAGAUAUGUUAAAAUAUGUUGUUUUGGGAGGACUCACAAUUUAUCCUUUGCUUUUUAUUUUGCUACAAAUUGAUGUAAAACGGCGUCCACUGAUUUUUGCAAUGCUACAGCAAUGAUCACUUUAUUAGCAAUCGGUGCUACCGCUGUAUCGUCAUUGUGGACCAAUAAAAGUUAUUUUUUUCCACCGAUUGAUAAAGAACGACAUUAUGAAUCACUGAUGC